UUUUUUUUUUUCACAGGCGAUCCUUACGUGUAGUGUCUGCGACUGGAAGCUGUGACGACGUUUGUUCGCCCAGGCAUGGCGGAUGACAAUGAUAACCCCCUUGCUCAAGUGGUGGAGGAGGAGGAGGAAGAAGAAGUAGUAGAAGAAGAAGUAGAAGUAGACGACAACGAUGAUGAUGAUGAUGAUGAUUAUGAUGAUGUCGACGAGGACGAGGCGGAGGCAGAACCAGAACCCGGGGCUGACAACAGUCUCCCGGCGGAGCGGAGCGGUCACGUGGCUGUCACUGACGGGACCCGAAUGUUUGUGUGGGGGGGAUACAAGAAUGCUCCUGUACGAGGAUUUUUUGAUUUCUACUUGCCACGGGAUGACAUCUGGAUUUAUGACAUGGUGAAUGGGGUAACCUGGCAGAGAAGGAAAACCAAGGGCACUGUCCCACCAUCGAUGUCUGGCAGCUGUGCCAUAUGUGUGGAUGGAGUGCUGUACCUGUUCGGAGGUCAUCAUGCCCAUGGAAACACCAACAUGCUUUACAUGCUGAACCUGAAUUCUAAUGAUGGCGAACUUUUCUGGGAAAAGGUAGAAUGUAAAGGAACGCCACCAUCUCCAAAGGAUAAACUGGGUGUGUGGGCUUAUCAGAACAAGCUUAUUUACUUUGCUGGGUAUGGUUAUUAUCAAGAAGAUUCAAUUGGGACAUUUGAGUUUGAUAUAACCUCUUUUGGGAACAUGGGUCCAGCCAGGGGUUGGAAUGAUCACGUCCACGCUGUACAUCUCGACAGCUUCACCUGGCAUCGCAUUGUGCCCACGGGAAAGAGUCCUUCUCCUCGAGCUGCUCAUGCCUGUGCCACUGUUGGAAAUAGAGGAUAUGUGUUCGGUGGUAGAUACCGGAACUACAGAAUGAAUGACCUAUAUUAUCUGAAUUUUGAUACCUGGGAAUGGCAUGAAGUAGUCCCACAAGGUGUUGUUCCAGUGGGGAGAUCCUGGCAUUCACUAACACAAGCUACCCAAACCACCCUGUUUCUGUUUGGUGGAUUUACCACAGACAAACAACCUCUGAGUGAUACUUGGAUUUACAGUAUUGAAACCAACGAGUGGAUUCCCUUUAAGAGCUGCCAUGCUGAAAAACCCAGGUUGUGGCAUACAGCAUGUGCCAGUAAAGAGGGGGAAAUCUUUGUCUUCGGAGGAUGUGCCAACAAUCUUCUAGCCCAUGACAAAGCGGCUCAUAGUAAUGCAGUUCUCGUGUUCCCUGUACAGCCAAGGUCUCUACUAAAACUUUCUCUAGAGACCGUGAUUUCCCUGAAAGAGAUUCUCUCCGACUCCCUGGAUUGUCUCCCUAAGCACUUGCUCCACUACGUGCAUCAGAGGUUUGCAAGUGUUACCAACACACGUGGGUCAUGAAGAGUGAACACUGCCAGUUGUAUAUAAGCCACAUUGUUUCUUGUUUUAGUUUUUUUUUUUUUCCUGUUAGUGAAUUGAGAUUUUAUUUAGUGUAAAUAUAUUUAAUAAAUGUUGAGAAUUCAAGCUGUUCUUGUUCGUUAUAUGGAGCCAGGACUCCUGUUCUAGGCUCUGUAGCCUUAUUGGGGAAUAUUCACUCCUGGAUUCUGUUGUCAUGGACAAUUUCUUUCACCUUUAAUUUAAUUUCACCAAAAUAAAAAGCCGCCAAGCUAAAAUACAUUCUUUUAUUUCUUACUAAAUUUUUUUUUUUAGAAGUAGCUUCCCCUUCCCUGGUUUCCAAAAUAAAAUCACAGAAAUAUUAAAUACGAUAAUUACAUUUCUUAUAAUACUUUUCUAACAAAUCAUCUGCUCACAAACUGAUGUAUCAUUGGAAGUGAAAGCACUGAGCAUCCAUAGGUGACAGCUGAUAAUUAUACAACCGUGGGUACCAAAUGAGUUACUUGCAACUUACAUACUUUAUAGUGACACUCCAACCAUAAAUUUUAUUUCGUGAGAGGCAAUAUCAGGGUGAGGCUAAGCAGUCCCCAUACUUUCCCUCUUACCGCACAGCUUCAUUCCUCUGAUAACCAGGUUCCAGCCCACUGCAUUGUGAGUAGCAGUUUCACACAUGGGUUUGUAUGUGAAGCGGAAGGCCCUUUUAUGACUUCACCUUCACUAAGAACCUGGUAAUUAGAGAAACAAAGCUAAGUAGUAAGAGCAAAAGUAGGGGACUGCUUAGCCUCACCCUGAUAAAGCCCCUUAAAUUAAAUUUUAUGGUUGAAGUUUAAAUUCAUGGUUGAAGUGUUACUUUAAAAAGAGUUAUCAAACCUGCAAAAGUUGAUGGGCUAUUCUCCGGAUAACCAAGAAUAUACAAUACAUCUUCCAGCACCUCCACAGAUUAGCCGUUUGAAGAGACUGUGGUGCUAAAAGGAGCAUGGCAGCCCCGUUUUUUGUUUAAUGGUGCUAGUCUUUGCAUCACCCUACUAGUAGCAUUUUCCACGCUGCAGUACCUUGCAUUGCUGCUAUUAACAGAAUAACACAAGGAUGAGUUAAAAUACACACUGAAGGGGCCACAGUGCCUUCAAAUAGCAGCAGGGUGGGUCAGGAAUCUGACUAUUAAUACCCAAUCCAGAUUAUACAGGCUGGAUAAACCCUUAAAGGGGUACUCCGGCGCUUAGACAUCUUAUCCCCUAUCCAAAGAAUAGGGGAUAA